UAAAGGGCAGGGCGGGGCGGGGCGGGGCGGGGCGAGGCGAGGCGAGGCGAGGCGAGGGUUGGUCCGUGGCUGCGCGGGAGCAGGAGCUGGCGGCUGCAGGGCCCCGGGUGCCACAGGCAGCGGAUGGAGGGGCAGGCCAUGACUGCAGCAGCCAAGGAGGGGGCAGCCGGCUCCCUGCAGGGCUCUGCCAAGAUGAGCCACCCCCAGCCCCCAGAGCCCUUCCAGCACAUCCACGAGGACACCCAUGUGGGGCCCCACCAGUGCCCCACCUGCGGCUGCCUGUUCCCAUCUGCCCACUUGCUGGACGACCACCACCACACCGGCUGCUUGCAGGCUGUGCCCCAGCCCCGAGUCCCGCCAGUGGCCGCCUGCCCCGGGGCGAAGCCCUACUCCUGCUCCUUCUGCACCAAGCGUUUCAAGCGCUCUUCAGACCGGCGGGACCACGAGCGUGUGCACACAGGAGAGCGUCCCUUCCGCUGCGACAUCUGCGGGAAGUGCUUCACCCAGGCCUCGGUGCUGACUGGCCAUCUGCGCAUCCACACAGGCGAGCGCCCCUUCUGCUGCUCUGUGUGUGCCAGGGCCUUCAACAACUGCUCCAACUUCAAGAAACACCAGCGUAUCCAUGCCUGCCUGGGCCACAGGGCAGCCCCCACCCAGCCCCUGCAUGCCAAGAAUGCCUGCACCCUUCGCCCCAGUGCCCCCCAGAGCCAGCAGGAUGGGGAAGGGCAUGCCACAGAGCGGACACAAGAUGUCGGCACUUGUGCCACAGGGCUAAAGCGAGAUAGGGGAGCUCCAGCGAAGGGGCUGAGAGAAGAUGGCAGCCCUCAUGCCAAAGGGCUGAUGCAAGAUGGUGGGGCUUCUGCCAGUGGACUGAUGCAGAAUGGUAGUGCCCAGGCCAAAGGGCAGAGGCAAAAUGGCAGUGCUCUGGCAAAAGAAUUGAUGCAUGGUGGGGGCACUCACAUGAGGAACCAGGUGAAAGAUGGUGGUGCUUGUGUGAAGGGGCCAGCGCAAGACAGUGGAGGCCAUAUAAGGGUCCCCCUCCAAGUCGUUGGCAGUGAGCAAAGGACGAUGGAGCCCUGCUCUGCAGCAAACCACAGCUGUCCGUCUCCACCUGGGGGAAGAGAGGCCGUGGCUUGGUGCCCCAUGGAGCACCCCAAAGCUUGGCAGCAUCUUGUGACAAGGGAAGUCCCAGAGAAGGACUCCUGCAUUCUUGGCAAGGGCCACUGGAUCAGCCUGGACAGGGGGAUGGCAUCCCCUGUUGACUCUAUCCAGGAGGUGCCCAGCCUCCGGGGGGAGGAUGCUGAGGAAGAACGUGGUCCCAAUGGCUACUUCUCAUGGGAAAGGCUGGUUGACAUGCCCCCACAGUGUCCAGGGGACCAGAGCCCCAAAGUUUGCGUGGGGCCUGGCAGGCUGGUCCAUGCCUCCCCACCACCUGAAGCCAAGCAGUAUAUCUGCUUUGCGUGCUCCAAGCGCUUCAGGCGUGCCACAGACCUGAAGGAGCACCUGCGUGUGCACACUGGGGAGCGCCCCUUCCCCUGCAGUGUGUGUGGCAAGCGCUUCACCCAGUCCUCAGCUCUUGCCACCCACCGGCGUGUUCACACAGGCGAAAAGCCCUUCCAGUGCCCCAUGUGCCACAAGCGCUUCAACAACUCCUCCAACUUCGCCAAGCACCGGCGCGUGCACUCCAGAGAGCGCCCCCACCACUGUGCCCUCUGUGGCAAGAGCUUCCAAGAGCCACGGCAUGUGGCCCGGCACCUUCAGGCUGUCCACCAACCUCUAGGAUAGGUGGGCUGGGGUAGGAUGGCCAUGGCCAGGCUGGUGUAGAGAGGCCCAUUUAGGAUGAGGGGGACCACAUAUGGGCUGGGGUUCUCUGCCAACUAUAGGGUUAAGAAGGGGCUAGGAAAAGCUGUAGUGGAGCUGAGGAGAGACAGCUGCUGGGAUGUAGACCAGGGAGGAGAAAUGGAAAGGUCAAAUGUUAGGUGCUAGGCUGAUUCUGGGAUUCAGUCUGUGACAUCUGCCAUCUGACUCCAUGGCUUGCCUAGACUGGUUGCCUUGGGGUGGAAGGUUUUGAUAUUUGAUCCCUGGGCUUCUUCCUGUAUCACAGGGUGCCACAUCCUGACCUGCAGCCCUCCACUGUGAGGUAAGUGCUGGCAGGACAUUGCCUCCUGGCAUCUGCUGUCCCUCUGGCAGAGAGAGUUUGAGAAUUGGGGAAAAUGAUCCAAACUGAUGUCAGUUGUACAUUCUCCCCAGCUCUAAGGAGAGCUAAAACUUUUGUACCUUUACAUUUGCAGGGAGACCUUGAGGUUCCUUGGGGUGCAGUUUCCAGAGAUGCAGCUGAACAAGAAUGGAGCUUUAGGUCCUCUGAAAUCCCCUUCCCUUAGAGAGCUCAGGAGCCCGCGCAGGGAUUAAGGGACUUCGCCUUUGAGGUUUGGGGUCCAGAAGUGUUGAAGUGUCAACCUUAAUGUUCUUUUUUUCUAUUUUAGUCAAUAGUUUCCCCACUCUCCAGUCCUUCACAGUGCUCCCAAGAUGCCACGGCAUGGAGAGGGCUGUUUACACUGAAGCAGACCAUCCCAGGGCUGGGAGCUGAGGUCAGACAAAUGCAGAUCAACACACUGCCAAAGAAGAAUUUGUAUCUGGAGAUGAGAAGGCAAAACAAGCAGGGUGCUGGUAUACAGCUGGGCCACUUGUGAGGGUGAUGCUGUGACAUGGUAUGAGACUUGUUUGUCCAGGAUGGCCCUGCUGGGCCUGUGUGGCUGAGGGCCAGUUUUACAACACUGGGGAUCACAGUGGUCAAGGGGGAGUGGAAUUCCCAAGACCUGGAGCUUCUGAACGAAGACUGGUUCCUUUCUAGAUCAGUGCUGGCUGAGCUAUUGGGCACAAGGAGGAAGGAGGGGUUAGGGUGAGACCAGUUGACAGCCUGAGGGACAUAAGCCUGACUCCCUUCAACUGCCCAGAGCAAUCCAGUCUCAACAUCUCAGAGCUGUGCUCACCCACUUACGGAAUAUCUGGAUGGCACAGUUCAACACAUUCUGCCAUGCCUUGCAAUGCACAAGAGCUACACAUGCAACAUCUCACUGUAAAUUGGGCUAUGGCUAGCACUGCCACCCAACACUCUUCCUUCUGUGGGCAACUGUCUCAUGGCACAACACUUACCAGGCUUGGGAAGGACCAUGGGCUGGACUUUGGCUGUGGAAGGAGGGCCCUAGAGGAGUUCCCAUGGCCCAGGAGUCACCUAUGGAUGUGGCAGGGAGCUCCCUACCAUUGCAGCAGCCUUGGAUAAUCCCAGAUCUCCCCACACUGAGCUGUGUAACUCCUUGAGUCCCCUGUUGGCUCCCAUUAAAUAUCCCCAACAGAGA